AUGGCAUCUCUCGGCGCGGGGCUGCAUCUGAUCCGGCGGCGGGGAGCGGGCAGGAGCUCCGCGGUGGAGAGGAGGAAUCUGCUCACGGUGUGCAGGUUUUCUGUGAAGACUCUGCUGGAUCGCUCCUGCUUCGAGACGAUAGACGACUCGUCUCCGGAGUUCGUUAACUUCGUUUCCAUCCUGGAGCACAUCCUCAGCCAUCGACUCAAAGGUCAGACAACUUGGUUUGGCUACGAGAGUCCUCGCAGUUUCUGGGAUUACGUAAAAGCCGCCUGCAGCAAAGUACCUCAUAAUUGCAUCCGAAGCAUCGAGAGCAUGGAGAAUGUGCGCUCGUCGAGAGCCAAGGGCAGAGCUUGGAUCAGAGUGGUGCUGAUGGAGAAGAGGCUGUCGGAGUACGUCUCAUUUGCACUGAGGGACUUCAAAACCACCAGGAGGUUUUAUGAAGACGGAGCCAUCAUGCUGGGAGAGGAGGCCGGACUGUUAGCGGACACACUCAUCGGACUCAACACCAUCGACUUCAGCUUCUGUCUGAAAGGAGACGGGCUGGACGGCAGCUGCCCCGCUGUGAUCGACUACACGCCAUACCUGAAGUUCACGCAGAGCGCAGACAGCAUCAGCAGCGACGAGGAGGAGAUGAGGACUCUGGGCAGCAGCGGCAGUGAGAGCAGCAGCCCCGACAAAACCGCCACCGCCGCCUCCAUCUUCACCGAGCAGAGCAAUCUGGUCAGCAAGUGCAAACGCUUUGAGCAGAAGUACCGCAUGGCGCUGGAGCAGAAGGGUUACCUGGAGGAGCUGGUUCGUCUCCGAGAAGCCCAGCUGUCUGAGGCCGUGUCCCACAACAAGGCUCUUCAGCAGAGCCUGGCAGACUCGCAUCUCUCCCACACACUGGAGAAAGAGCAGCUCGAGUACAUCAUCCUGGAGCUGCAGGACCAACUGACAGUGCUGAAGAACAACGACUUGCGGUCCAGACAGGAGCUCACGGCCCAUCUGACCAAUCAGUGGCCGUCUCCUGACGCCCUGGACGCCAACGCCGUUGCCUUGGAUACGCUGCUGUACAGGAAGAACACGGGACAGUGGGACGAGAAGAGCUUCCAGAGUCUGGAGCAGCUGUCUGCAGACAUGAGUCUAUCGCAGACUUCCCUCGAACCGUCACAAACACUGAGUCUGGAGGCCCGGCCGGCCAACGCACAGUGGCCCCACCAAGGUAAAGAGGAAACUCCCUCUCUACGAGGUCUGUGUGGCUCCCUGACAUCGGUAGCCAGCUACAAGUCUCUGGCCAGCCUGAAGUCGAGUGAGUGUUUGGCCAGUCCAGCGACGGAGAUCAGUAGUCCGGGCAUCACUCCUUCGUAG